AGCCAAAAUCAAUUCUUUGGUAGUAUUCCAGAAUGCUUAGGAAAUAUGACAAAUUUGAGACAGAUUUUUCUAGACUCCAACAGGUUGACUUCCAUGAUACCUGCUAACCUAUUGAGCAUGAAAGAUCUCCAAAUUCUCAACCUUUCAUCAAAUUUCUUAAGUGGAUCGCUACCUUUGGAGAUCGGGAACCUCAAAGCAGCAUAUAGUUUAGAUAUCUCGUUCAAUCAAUUAUCAGACAAAAUCCCUACAACCAUUGGAGAGCUGCAAGCUUUACAGAGCCUUUCAUUGGCGAAAAAUAAUUUGCAGGGUUCUAUACCAGAAUCAUUUAGCUAUAUAGUCAGCUUGGAAUUCUUGGACCUUUCACACAAUAAUCUCUCUGGUGUAAUACCCAAGUCAAUGGAGGCACUCAAAUCUCUCAAGGAAUGCAAUGUUUCUUUUAAUAGAUUAAGUGGCGAAAUUCCUCGAGAUGGUCCCUUCAGAAACUUUACAGGUCAAUUGUUCAUGAACAAUGAAGGACUCUGUGGUGACCCAAGGCUUAGUGUUCCACUAUGUCAGAGUAAUUCAAUUAGAAGAUCGAGCAAAAGAAAGGUGCUUCUACUUGUCAUUAGUCUGUCAGGGAUGGCAGCAAUACUGAUAAUAGCAAUUGGAGCAUUAUUGAAUCUAAGGUGGCUAAAGAAACCAAAGAGUUCUAGUGGAAUAGAGUUGAUGUCAGCGGCAAAAUAUGAAAGAUUUUCAUACUAUGACCUUUUGCACUCAACCGAUAACUACAAUGAAAGCAAUUUGCUUGGAGAAGGGAGCUAUGGUUCUGUUUACAAAGGGAUCCUAAGUGAUGGCACUAUUGUGGCUAUCAAGGUAUUCAACUUGCUAGUGGAAGGUUCAUUAAAAAGUUUUGAUAAAGAAUGCGAGGUUCUAAAGAGUUUACGCCAUCGAAAUCUUAUAAAAGUGCUCGGCAGCUGCUGUAACCUUAAUUUUAAAGCCUUGGUACUCAAAUACAUGCCCAAUGGGAAUCUUGAGAAGUGGUUGUACUCUCACAACCAUUUUUUAGAUAUGUUCCAAAGAAUAAACAUAAUGAUUGACGUUGCUUGUGCAUUGGAAUAUCUCCAUUAUGGUUAUGAUGCUCCUGUGGUACAUUGUGACUUGAAGCCCAGUAAUAUCUUGCUUGAUGAAGAUAUGGCUGCCCAUGUAAGUGACUUUGGUAUAGCAAAAAUGUUUGGCCAAGGAGAAAGUAUUUUGCAUACCAAUACCCUUGCAACACUGGGAUACAUUGCACCAGAGUAUGGAUCGGAGGGGAUAGUUUCAACAAGAAUUGAUGUAUACAGUUUUGGAAUAGUUUUGAUGGAAAUUUUUUCAAGGAUAAGGCCUGGUGAUGAAACGUUUUCAGGAGAUUUAAGCCUUAAAAGUUGGGUAGAAGAUUCUCUUCCUGAUGCACUUCAGGUCGUUGAUGCAAACUUAAUUAGGCCAGAGGAUGAGCAUUUCACUGACAAGCUGAAGUGUGUUACAUUGAUUAUGAAAUUGGCUUUGAACUGCUGUACAGAAUGUCCAAGAGAAAGGAUCAGUAUGAAAGAUGUUUUAGCAGAACUAAUAAAGAUCAAGCAUCAAUUUCAAUUUCUGAUGACACAUACUGUCAGGUCUUGAUCAUAUCAGAAACAAUGCUUUUGGCCAAUGCAAAUAGAUGCUUCAGUAUAAUUUGUAAGCUUGAUUUAUUUUGAAGGUCAGAGAGAGAUGUACAUUAUUCCGAGAGAGAGAUCUAGAGGUGUCAUCUACAUCGCAUUUGGACUUUCAGUUAUAGGGAACAUUGCAUAAGGGGCUUUAUUUUGCUUUUCUUUUUCCUUUUUUUAAUUCUGACUGAGUUCUUAGCUACCUUUUAGUUUAAACAAUCU